GAUGUAGUGGCAAUAUAAAGUCCGCGGCAUCUGAAACCAUCUUUUCAUUCCGUGGCGACGCGCAGGAUCGGUUGUACUAUUUCAUUAUAUGAUCUUGUCUGAGUAUGGAUUCUUUGCCGUUCAAUUUUAAUAAUAUGGAAGACUCUAAAGCGAUUUUUACAACUGCGAGUGAAACAAUAUCUACGACGACCACGGAAAGUUUUGCACCAUCGAACCGAGGAAUGGCGGGCAGUCAGGAGUUCUACCCCGGCAGCAACGGUCUGCUGAAUCUGCUAGCGCAGCAAGAACCCCGGCCCGGAGACACUGCACCAACAACUGCCGAUAUGAUGGCUGAAGACAUGAUGAACUUUCGAAUGAACGGCACCGAUCUGUUGUUCGAUGAUGAACACACUUCAAAUUAUUAUUUGGGUGCUGGUGCCAACCGGCCUGACCUGAUGUCUUCGAGCAACAUAUGGACCAACGGCAGCGGCGUGGCAUCGGGCAAGUCGGAGAUGAUGGACACCUUCGAGUUUCUUAUCAAAAGUCUGUCGUCAGCAAACAGCUACGUAUCUAUGCUAUCGCGCGAACAGCUCGCGUUACUGCGCUGCAUCCGCCCCAGCUUGCUGUACGAAUUCCUGCAGGAGGUGCUCAAGGCGCGCACGGAUAAGCGCACACGCCGCCCCUUGCCCAACGAAUGUGCGUUCUGCAAAAACAAUGGCGAGAACGAAGAGUGCUACUCCUCGCACGCUCUGAAGGACUGGCGUGGCCGCGUACUAUGCCCGGUGCUGAGGGCCUUUAGAUGCCCUCGAUGCGGGGCUACAGGCGACCGAGCUCAUACUAUCAAGUACUGCCCGGAGAAUGGCGAUAAAGAUCGCAACGGCCUAUCGUCCCGCCGCCGCGGGCCUCCAUCCUCGCUGCUGCUGGGCCAGACCGGGCUCCCCGCGAGCGGGCCUUCGUCCUGCCCGCCGACCCCCGCGCCGCCCGCCCCCUCGCCGUCCCCUUCCUCGGCCUUCUCACCGUCGCUGUGGUCUUCCUACGGCUUGUAAAACUUUA